AGGACCAGUGCUUUUGGAAAUAAUGCAGCAUAUUUGUGCAGUGUUUAAAAUGUAUACAUGGAUGGACUGCAACCCCAUGAAAUCCAAAGCCCUACGGGGAAUGAACUGGAAAUUCUAUCAGAUGGCAAUAAGGAGCAUAUAAUGAGGAUCAACACUGAAAAGCUGUAAGGAUUUCUGUUCAUUGGUCUUUUGCAACCAUUGCCUUCCAGGCCCAGAGAUGAGCGUUUCUGAGCCCAGUGAGAGCUUCCCUAUCAGGGGAAAAGGUGGAUCCAGCAUGAGACUCCCUCUUCACAGUGCAGGCGACCACAAUGGGAAUGCUUUCUCAGUUUCCUCUUCCUCGUCCUCCUCUUCCACCUCCUGUCUGGCUGAGUUGUCUCCUGAGUCAUUACAGAGUCUGAACAGCCUCAGCGAGGGCCGAACUGAAAGCCCGCUGGAUUAUGACAUGUUUGAGGUCACCCUGUUGACAACAGUAAUGACUAAAACUGACAAAAUCACAGAUGUUAUCAUUUCAAAAUGGAUGCCAAAGGAGGACAGUAAACCAGAUGACAAAGAUGAUGUCUCAGUGGGAAAGAUACAAACGGCAAUGGAGCUGUCAGAAUCCAAUGAAAACUCUGUGUCUGUCUACCUUGAUGCCAACAGUGGUGAAUACUGUCAAGACGUCUGGAAUGAUAACAACAACCUGACUCUGGCCUUAUCACUGACAACAAACAGCCGUGACAAUAAUGAUGGUCUCAGCAGCGGAAGUGGAAGAAAGCAUGGCUGCUCAACUCCAGAUUCAGAUGCAACAGAAAUCCCUGCUGAUGAUGAUGAAGAGGAGAGUUUGUUCCUGUCUGUGAGUUCUGACAUGGGCAUACAGAGAAGCAGCAUAAUCCUCACAAGCUCACCAAUUCAAUCCAGCAUUGGCCUCAUGAUCCCAGGUACUUCUGCUGCAGUGACUGAGCUCCAGUGGGAGGGAACUGUGGCUUUGAGUAUAGCUGAUGAUGAAAGGCCAGAGCUGGUGUUAGAAGGGCCCGAGGUUGCCUGUCCUCUGGAUCUAGCUGUGGACAGUCAGACCGAACCUUCUGCAACUGUGGAGCUUAGUGAAAACAUCCAGAUCUCAUUUUAUCCUCCUACCAAUCCAGCACAAGAUUCUAAGGAGGACACAUCUCCUCCACCUGAGGAAGUUGAAAGAUGUGCAGCGGGCUUCACAUCCAACCAGCUUAACACUAGUCCGCCUGCCAGAGUAACAAAAACCAAACCAACCACUGCUACUUCAACUACUCCCAAAACAACUUCCUCCACAGGCCUCAAAGCAUCCAGUCUGGAGGCAAAGAAGGUUUCCAAACCAGACCUAAAAAAUGUCAAGGCUAAAGUUGGAUCGUGGUCCAUCCCAACAUCACCUAAAACACCCAGCCAGAACAGAUCUGCUUCAGCUAAUGGAAAGAAGGCUGUUCCUAGGAAGGAGGAAGCACCGACUGGGGAUGGUUGUAAAGCUCAAAGGUCAUCUGCAGAUCCAGUUAAAGUGGCUGUUGUGCUGAAACCCAACAGAGGAAAGAGCAAUAGCCUCAAAACCAACCACAAGACAGCUGCCAAUGACUCUGCUCAGCCAGAGAAGAAGAGUGCGGCUGUCAGUCAAACACUCUCUACUUCGACCAGCUCCCUGGGGUCAGAAGUAGUUGAGGAAGGAUCCCUGGAAACUCCCAGGAAGGCUGUCCAGGAUGUGCCCAAUAAACACAGAACAACUGAGAAUGUGGAGACAACACAUCAAACUGAAGAUGCUGGUGAAGAGCACACUGGAGAGGCUUUAAUGACGGAGGCCACUGUGGAGAAACCAAGGAGUCAUGGCAGGAAAGUGUCCACCAAGUUGGGGCCCAAUGCCAGGCAACAAGGGAAAGGCACCAGACUGGAUAAGGCCUCUGGACCAGCUCCACCUCCAGGCUCAGGGGCUGGACCUCCAGGACAGGGGAGCUCUGGACCCAGGCAAGCCCAGAUUGAUGGUUCCAUGUUAGGAGAAGUUGGGCAGAGUGUUGGGGGUGAAUCUCCAACAAGAGUGAAGCAGACCCAAAGUCAGAGCCAGGGUAUUCCUAAACCUCGCACCACUGCAGAGCGAGUGUCUACAUUGGCUUCCAAUCAGCAGCCAGCAGUAGUGUCAGCUGGGCGUCCCACUACAUCCACAGCAUCAAAACUUCCUGUUAAGGGAUUAACUACAAGCCUGAGUUCUUCAUUACUGGGAUGCAACGAGAACAAUGGAGCCACAAGCAAAGCUUCUGCAGCACCUGCAGGAGCUCCAGCAACAGGGACCAAGCCAGAUGAGUGGCCCAGUAGAAGCAUGUGUCCCACAGGCAACCAGAGUACGGCAAAGCCCCCCAGCUCCAGCACCACAGCAACUAUCCCCAGCUCCAAUACUCACAGUGACACAGUUACCAGUACUAACAGUAGUGUCACUGCUGCUUCAAAGCCUCCUGUCAUGAGGACCAGAGCUCUGUCUCUGCAGGCUAGGAACAGUUCUACAGGUCUGAAGGCCCCAACAGCCACUAACCACAACACAGCCAAGACGACAGCUGCCAGUCAAACAGCAGUGAAGACAGCUCCCUCUGCCAAUCACGGGUUGGCAAAGCAAGCGUCUCAGUAUCCCUUGCAAAGAAGUGGCUCAGCAAGACUCAGUCGACUCAACAGUACAGUUUGGGCUCAGCAGCUCUGCAUGACUACCUGGCAGACUUCAGUGGACAAAAACAAACCCCGGGAGGCACCAGCAAGACCCACAAACACCAACAGCAGUUCACAGGUAGCAGCACCUGCAGGGGGAAACAGCCAGAACCAGCAGCAGCCUCAUCCUGACCUGGUACCAGACCUGGUGAAUGCAAACUCGCCAAUAACGCCAGCUCUCCCAGUGCUUGUUGCUGAAGUCACCAAUACGGGGUCAGGCACUACUGGAGCUUCUGGACUUGGGUUCAAAGCACGAACCAGCUCACGUUCCAGCCCCAAAACCGGAUCCCGCAUACAGAAUGCAUCCAAACCUGGUGUGGCCAGGUCUGCUGUGGUGGACGGGAUGGUCAUGGCUAAGCAGAACCAGAGCAAAGAGCAGGCAGAGAAGAAGAACCAGGCCAUCAACCAGCUAAGGAAGCUGCUAGUUGAGGGGAAUAAGAGAGUGGAGGCUCUGGCUACAGUCAUCCAACAUCUCUUCAAUGAGCGUGAGGAGGCCUUGAAGCAGAAGAAGGAGUUGUCGCUGGAACUGGCAAACCUCUGUGAUGAGCUGGUCACAUCAUCGCAGUGCUGCGAACGUCUGCAGAAGGAGAAAGAGGAGAUGCAUGUCAGCUUGGAGGAGGCUUUGAAAAGGCUGGAGGAGCAGCACAAGGAGGAGCUGGUGCAGCUGGAGGACAGAUUGAGGAGUUUUUACCAAACAGAGUGGGACAAAGUCCACCAGACGUACCAGGAGGAGGCUGACAAAUACCGCAUGUUGAUGGAACAGCAGGUAGAGGAGUUGAGGAACCAGCAGGAAGCAGAGAGGAAGAACCAGGAACUGAGUCACAGCCAGGAGAUGGAGUCUCUCAAACAGCAGUAUGAGACCUCCAUACAAGAGCUGAAGAGGACCCAGCAAACAGACCUGGAGAACCUGGAGAAAACACUGAUGGAGACUGAAACUUCUCUCUCUGAGAAAGUAUCUGAACUAUCAGCAGAGAGGGAGGCUCUGAAUGAGAAGCUGCAAGCAGAAGAGGAGAGGAGGAAGAGGAUGCUCACUGACAAGAAUCUGAAGGACUCCCACACAGUGUACCUGGAGCAGGAGCUGGAGAGUCUGAAGGUGGUGCUGGAGAUCAAGAACAACCAGCUACACCAAAAGGAGAAGAAGCUCAUGGAGAUGGAUAAGCUGGUGGAGACUAAUGUGAAACUGGAGGAGUGUCUGAAGAAGGUCCAGCAGGAGAACGAGGACUACAAGGCCAGAAUGGACAAACAUGCUGCUCUCUCCAAGCAGCUGUCCAAUGAACAGGCCAUACUCCAGCAGACACUGCAGAAAGAGUCCAAGGUCAACAAGCGUUUGUCCAUGGAGAACGAGGAGCUGCUGUGGAAACUGCACAAUGGUGACCUGCUGGCGAGCCCCCGCCGCCUGUCACCCACCUCACCUCUCAACUCACCAAGGAACUCUGCCUCCUUCCCCACAACUGCACCAUUGUCGCCCAGAUAACACCAUAACAAACAACGACCCCCUCCUCUCUCCUCACCUUUUGAAGCCUUGGAAGGAUAGAAGAUGGUCCAAAUACAGAGAAAGACUUCAUGCACAGCUGCGUUGCUGGAAAUCAAUCACAUAAUAAACUUUAAUAAACUUGUAUAUUUUGAAUUAAUUGUAUUAAGGACGCUUAUUUUGAAAGCGAAAAGACAUUGCAGUGGCACUGAUGCACUUAAGUUUGAGCGUGGGACUGGCCUUGCUCUCUAUCAGUCUCUACCAAAUGCCUGGUUCACCGACAAAACUUCCUUUCCUGAAGAAAACUAAAUAACAGGCACACCUCAGGGUCUGUACAUAGCGCCUCACUCUAGUUAUGACUAUCCUUACUUUUUUGUUUUCUUUUGUUAUGUUGUACAGUUUAACUUCAGCCCAUCCUGUUCUUUUAUACCCCUCUUUCUAAAGAGGUGGAUGAGAAACCUUGAACCUUGGCUUUGUGGUGUAUGUAGGUUUGUGGAAACAGACUGUCUGGGUUUGGCAAACUAUAAAAUGACGGGUACUUCUAGGUGGAUUUGCAUGGACCGUUUUGCCUUUUCCCUUUAUUUGAAGAGGAUGUUUUUUUUUCCCAAAGAGCGAAGCUCAAUCACUGAUCUGCUUGGACCUCUGGAAGAAGUGGAUGAACGUAAUGCCCUUCAGUGGGUAAACAGGAACAAAUACUGACCUUAUAUAUAUUAUUGACAUGAACCUUUGAUCCAAUGGAUAUCUGUUCCUCCAUGUAAUCUCCUCACAACUUCUACCUUAAUCUAUUAUGUGGAAUGUAAUCACCCUUGGAUGUUAAAUCUGAGCAGGCCAGUUCAUCACACAUACACAGUCUCAGAGCCAAAUAUGCAGUUUACUUAACAAGGAGAGUGUUGACCAGGACAGUGUUACCCCCCCCCCCCUCCAUAUUUACUUUUUCUUUUAUAUCUAUCACUACCAGAGGGAUAUGUCUCCCCCACAUCCCUUAAAACCACCUUGUGCCCGAACAGAAACAAGAAAAAGCUGGAAUAGUGACUAAUAAGUUAAUCUGUCUUUGCUUUGGGUCAUAUAUAAAAUGACCACAAAAACCCACCAGUGAUAAUUUCAACAGCGAAAAUGCCCAGACUCUCCUUAACUGACAGACACUGGCUACUGUUUUACUGAGUCCAAGAAAAAUAUCACCUUGUCUGUUGUUUGUCCUGAAAAACCUCAGAUGUGCCCAUAAUGCCUCAGUGUACCAUGUUCUGUUUUAUUUUGGACACAGAAUAAAUGCAAUAUGACGUACGAUUAAA